AUGUCUAUUUUAGGCGAAGAGCUGCCUACAACAACUUCGGAGGAUUUUGGCUUCAAACCUUUGGGCGAAGUCUCAAUUUUACCCAGUUUCAACGAGAAGUUACCGUUCUCAAAACUGCAUAAUUUCGCUAUCUCCAACAAGAAAAACGUGUACGUAGCUGCUGGUAAGGAUGCUGUCAUCGUUGGCUCAUUACAGAGCUUGAGGGAUCAGGUCUUACAGGGGGAUACAACGGCACCUGCUUUGGAAUUCAUAACCAACAAUAGCCUCCAAAACGUCGUGUAUGUGGGAUUUCAUGGUAAUAGCGAUGAAACAAUUGUGUGUAUCACCAAAGAUUUCCAUUUCCAUGUUUACAACAUAUCUCGAAAUGAGUGGAGUUUACUAGAUAUCAAAAUUACAGAUUCUGAUACUACCAAUGUAAUAGCAGCGCAUCGUCUCAGGGCAGAAGAAGACUUAUUUCUCAUUCAGUUUGGCAAUAAGACGCUUUACAGUAUAGAAACGAGUGGAACGGCACAACUGCUGUGCAACGAUGUCGUUGCUUUCGACGUCACGUUUGAGAGUUGGGUGGUCUUGCAUUCCACUGGUACCGUUGAGUUGCACACCUCGGAGGGAAAAGAGGUCACGAAGACUUUCACGCUUCCACAAGAAAUUUCAGAAGAGAUUAGCGAUGAUUUUCAACCUCUUUCAGUUUCAAGCUUGUCAGAUUCUAGGUUUCUGCUUGUGUUCGGAAACACGGUUGAGGAAACGGAUCAAGAUGUGAUGUACGAUCAGAAAAUGUAUGUGGUUCAAGAGACUGAAAGCAAUGGAAUCAACUUUCAAGAAAGCUUUGAUAUCGCUCCUGCUUUUGGAAGCGUACUUAGAAACCCCAGCUACUACAAGCUAGUCCUCAGUGACCUAGUGCCGUCAACUCCACACAUAUACAUCAUUACGUCCUCGAAUUCUUCGGAGAUAACGCUUCUCAAUGAUGAGACCGUGAUCCAACCAAAUCAGGAUAGCGAUCGUGCAGUUUUACCUAUUAACCAAACUACCGAUAAUGACACGAACCCAAUUGGGUUGGCUGUGGAUUUGACCUCGAAAGAUCAAAUUCCAGAGCCUUGUCAAGGUGUAGACUUUGCUGUCGGGCUACCACUGAUAUACGUUCUCAAUAAUGAAGGAAACUUGUCGAUUUUCGCACUAUUCAAUAGCACAGGCAUAAAGACUAAAGAAUUUUCUGUUCAGAGAAGCUUGGAUAAAAUACAAAACACUGCACAGGCUCACAGAGAAAGUGUAGCAGUAACUGGGUCCAGCCCAGAUAGUUCAAAUGAGUCAAACUCAAGUAAGGAAAGCAAUUCGAUAUCAUUAACAAGUACAGAGACCGCAACCAAAGAAACUGAUUCAAAUCCCUCAUCUGACCAGGAAAGAUCAUCAGAAGAGGGGCUCGUAGCUUCACUUCCCAACAGUGCAUCAACAGAUCAAAACUCAAUCGGCGAGAACUCAUUUGGUCAGAACUCAUUUGGUCAGAACUCAUUCGGUCAGAACCCCUUCGGUCAGAACUCAUUUGGUCAGAACUCAUUCGGUCAAAACUCAUUCGGUCAGAACUCAUUCGGUCAGAAGUCCUUUGGCCAGAAUUCUUUUGGUCAAAACUCCUUUGGUCAAAUAUCUCCCUUUGGCGCAGCGUCUACUACGUUGGGAAAAAGUAACAAUGAUAGCUCACCCUUUAGUUUCAAUUCUGCUGCUAAUGAGUCACAGCCCUCUGGCGCUAAUAAACCAACUUUUGGACUUGUUUUGAAUGAAAAGAAUGACAAGCCUACAUUUGGAGAGAGUCCAUUUGCUCCUAAAGAUAAAACAAACUCCAGUACAGCUUUAUUCACCCAAGAGAAUACAUCUUCUGCUUUUGGAAAGCCUGCUUUUGGACAGUCCACUUUCGGUGUGCCAGAUUUUGGGAAAGAUAAGUUUGGCGCCUUCGGCGCAAAAGGCAACUUAAAGAACGAUACGGAUAAAGUUAAAAGCUUAUCCGGGGAGCCUCAAGUUUCAAAACCAUUAUUUGGUAGUACACAAUUCGGUAGUGCAGGUUUUGAGGGAAUUGGAACCAGAGCCCCUCCCUUUCAAAUUGAUAGUUCGUCUAAGGGUGGGUUUGCUCCGUUUGCUAAAGGAAGUUCCCCAUUUGCAAGUUUGAGCAACGGGCCGUCACCUUUCAGUAACGAGUCUCAUUCAUCAGGUGGCACAGCUUCUCCUUUCGCCAAUCUAAACAAUAAAUUAGAGGAACACAAGCAAAUAAGCAGCCCGUUUUCACAACUUCAAAAUGCAGAACAAUUGUCCUCAAGCUCCAAUGGAAAUGAUGGUUUUAAUGAAGGAAAUGCAGGCAAAAGCAUGGAACAGAGCAAUGCUGGCAGCGAGGAGGACAGCUCAGACGAUGGGAGUAGCACAGCAGAAAGUAGCGACACCGAAUCAGAAGCCUCCAAUGAUGAAAACAGCAGCCUGUUGGUUUCUGGAAGUGAAGGUAUUAACAAACUUGAGAGUCCAGGGAGCGAUGAGCCAAAUGAUUCUAAUUUAAAAAAUUCACUGCCAGCAAACACCAACGAGACUCCUGGGGAGAGUGACUCGAACAGUGCCGAAAAUUUAGAUUUCAAUUCUCUAGCAGAAAGAAUCAAGAGAGCUGCAAAUAAUUCCUCCGAGAAUUUCCCAAGUUCCUUAAUGAAAGAAAGUAAACCAAACGAAGCAAGCUUGCCGAAAGUGGCAGAUUCAGCAUUCUCAAAGUUUUCGAAUAAUUUGAGCACCGAAACGACACCUACCUUUUCUUUCGCUGACAUUAGAAAACAACUGCCAAAGGCGAAUGAAACUUUUGCUGCCGAUGAAGACAAGAGUGGGAAUGAGCACAAAGAUGAUAUCACAAAUCAAUCGAGCGCUACAAAAAUCAAAACAAGCCUAAAAGCUUCUGAAACAAGAAAUCAAAGCUCUGAGGAGGAGCCUAUCAUCAACAAGUAUGCAGAAGCCGAGGAGACAUCGGCAGACAACUCAGAUGGCCAAGAUGUGCAGAGUGACAGGGAAGACAUGUCCUUGAACCGCACAGAUGAAACUCCAGAGGAAAACGAAGAAGAAUCUUCUCUUGCGGCUAAAGAUAAAGGUGUCCUCACAACAGACACUGAGAGAAUAGAUGAAAAACGUUCUGUUCAAGAGGGUGCAAAGGAAGGAACUGAGUCAGUGGACAGUGAUGAGUCACCUAUAAACGUGCCGGACGGCGGGUUCUCCACUAAAAAGUCUGGCACCAGUACAGAGAAUGAAUCAUUUGAUGAGUUGGACGACUUAAAAGAGGAAUUAGAUCAAAUAAAGAGUGGCACGGAGAAAGUUUCCAACUCUCAAAUAGACAAUGUCGCUCCAGAGCCAAAACUUCAUAGCGCAAGCACGAGCACUCAAACUUCCCCGGUAAAAACCUCGAGUAAUGAAACCCAGACGGCAUCAACAAUGAAGGAUGCAGCGGUAGAAACAGAACCAAUCGAAAUGGAGGAGAUCGAAGUUCAAACGUUUGAGCGAGAUGAGGCAUAUCAAGCACAGGAGUACAAGCCUGAAGCACUUAAGAUGUUUUAUACAGGAGCUAAAGCCUCGCCGAAAUGCUCGAAGCAUUCGAAUGAAACCCUGAAUAGAAUUGAGGAUACGUUCAACGUCGUUACUGCUGAAAUUGGAGUUUUGGAAUCAAAUUUGCAAAACAUCAAAUUGUUUCUCAACGAUCAAAUUCGCAGACCUUUUGAGAGGACCGAUCAGACCUUAUAUCAAACAUAUACUUGGCGUUUGGAAGAAGCUGAGGUUCUCAAUUCCAUUGUUGAUGACAGUUUCACGGCUUAUCAGCCUAUUUUUAAGAGCGUCUCGUUGCUGUGGUCUGAAACAGAGCGUCUUUCAAGUGAGGAUCUCAUGAACAUAGAAGAAAGUCGCUUUUCAACGAGGAAAUACUACGAUCAGCUGGAGAGCUUAAAGGACGAAAACAAAAGGUUCAAUAGAGGACUGACCUUGCAACAGACCCAAAUGCAACACAAACUUCGGAGCAAAUUGUCAUCUGCACAAGACCGAAUUCAAACUAUCGAAGCAACUCUCAGACUACUAAAGAUCCACAUGUCGAAAGAAGACAUCAAUAAGGCCCCAUUAAUCACCAAUAUAAUGGAAGACAGUAAACAGAGAGGCGACUUGCUUGAAGCGAUUAAAUUAUUAAGAAAAGAGGUUUCAGAACUGAGGAUUAAAGAUCGAGAUAUCGUCAAAUACUCUGAUUUUGAUUGUACCAUACAGACUGCCCCUAUCAGUGAGUUGAAGUUGAAGUUGGACACUAAAAAAGAGAUGGGAAGAUUGUUUAUGAGCAGGACUUGGUAG